CCCGUGCUGCCUCACACGGCGGUGUGUUUUGCGUGCGGUGAGGCAGGGAAGGAGGACACUGUGGACUCGGAGGAGGAGAAGUUCAGCCUCUCUCUGAUGGAGUGCACCAUCUGUAAUGAAAUUAUCCACCCUAGCUGUCUGAAGAUGGGUAAAGCUGAAGGAAUCAUCAAUGACGAGAUCCCAAACUGCUGGGAGUGUCCAAAGUGCCACAAGGAGGGCAAGACCAGUAAGGACCAGGCCGACGGCUCAGGGAAGCGGCGACUGGAUAACGGGGAGGUGGGCCGUUGGAAGCUCACAGAUGACCCGCCCCCUAAAAAGAAAGCCCCUCCCUCCCUGGAGGAGGGGGGAAGGACGACAGAGGGGGGACACAAGAGGAAGAAGGAGAAGGAGCUGCCUCAGGACAGUGGAGCCAAGAAGAAGAUGAAAGCUGCCCACGAGAAACGGCUAAAAAAGAAACCCAAACAGGAAGUGGCAGAGUCAAACGGUCCCACAUCAUCAGCUGGAGGAUUUCAGGGCUCCUCCUCUUCCUCUUCUCAGCCAGGUAGUGGUGGGGGAGGAGCAGGGGGGGUGUCGAGUGCGGACCAGCGGUCGCAUCACAGAGAGAAACUUGAGCGUUUCAAGAGGAUGUGUCUGCUGGAGCGUCGGCCCGAGUCCUCCUCCUCCUCCUCCUCCAGUUCAGAGUCCGACUCCGAGUCCGACUCUGACGAUUCCCUGAGGGGGGAGCAGGGGGGAGGCUCCUCGCCCUCGUCCUCCUCCCCUGCCCCGCCUCCCGUCGUUGUCUAUGGCAACAGCAGCGGGGGCCGGGUAGAGAGGGAGAGGAGUCGUAGCGAGAGAGAGAGGGAGAGGGAGAGGGAGAGACGUCUGGCCGAGCUGGGCUUCAGUGCAAGUGAAGAGUCGGAGGGCGAGGGAGGGAGGGGGGAGGAGGAGUUGGGGGGAGGGGGGGAAAAGACACGGCGGAGAGGGGGGGGAGAUGGGGGGUUACCCCAACGAGGACGGAAAGGAGGGCAGCUGGAUGGAGAGGACGAGGACACGCCCACCUCAGAAAGGACCAGGAAAAACCCCUCCUCCCUUCCCCCGCCUUCACCCCUCUCAUCCAAUCAGAUGCCUCCGUCCUCACAGCACGAUGGCUUCACUGGGAAGCAGCGGAGCAAUGGGCAGGAGGCGCGCAAUGGACGGACGAGAGGCGGGACGGGAGGAGUGAGGGAGGGAGGUGAGAAGGAGAACGCCAGCACGGUUCUGACCAAUCACAGACAUGGUGGGGGAGGAGGGGGUGGCACUAAGGGAAGUGGGAGCCGUGGCAACAAAAUCCGUAGCAACAGCAAGAAUCAGGCAUCCAGGAACAACAUUUCCUCCUUGUCCAUUCCCACCUCCAACGGGGGAGGCAACGGGGGAGGCGGUUUGAUGAUGUCAGCGAUGGCGGCGUCUCCCUGCUCCCAGCCAUCACGUCUCGCCCCACGCUCUCAGAUGAUGAAGCGCAGUCCCCCGGCCGUGCCCUCGCCACCCCGGCCUGUUCAGAUGGAGAGACACCUGGUGCGCCCCCCCCCCACCUGCCCAGAGCCCAGCUGUUUGCCUCUGGAUGGCGGAGCAUCGCACAUCAUGACCCGUGACGUCUGGCUCCGAGUCUUCACCUACCUGAGCCACCGAGAGCUCUGCGUCUGCAUGAGGGUGUGUCGCACCUGGAGCCGCUGGUGCUGCGACAAGAGGCUGUGGACUCAGAUCGACCUGAGCCGCCAGCGCUCUAUCACCCCCCCCAUGCUGAGUGGUAUCAUCCGCCGCCAGCCGGUCUCCCUCAACCUGGGAUAUACCAACAUCUCCAAGAAACAGCUGAUGUGGCUCAUCAACCGCCUGCAAG